AUGGGAGGAGUUUCUUGCCUCAAGGGGGUAAGUAAACACCUUCAGUUUCUUUUCAAGCCGCGCUUUCAUGUGGAGCUUAGUGACCGGAGUUUUCCUCCAACAUGAGGCUUUCACGGCGUGGACGUGGGAGGAAACCGGACUUUCAGCACACCUGCCCGACCUACUGAACGCCUCAGUGACCAGAGACAGGUGAACUCAGAGGCUGUUUGCUUUGACCAGACUUGGACUGGAAACAUGUCUGUCCAUGUGAAGGAGGUGUCAAGAGGCCAGGACAGCCAAGUGCUGCCAAAGGUCCCCGUACCCCCACUGAAACAAACUCUGGACACAUAUUUAAAGUGCAUCCAGCCCCUUGUGAAAGAUGAUCAAUUCAAGAAGACUAAAGCCAUCGUGGAGAAGUUUGGGUCUCCUGGAGGAGUUGGGGAAGUUCUUCAGAGGAAGCUUUUAGAGCGGAGGGAAAAAACUGCCAACUGGGUGUAUGACUACUGGCUGGAGGACAUGUACCUGAACAACAGACUGGCCCUUCCAGUCAACUCCAGUCCUGCCAUGGUAUUUCCAAAACAGACAUUUCGAGAUCAAAAGGAUGCUCUCAGGUUCGCUGCUCAUCUCAUCCAAGGAGUGUUGGAGUAUAAGGCCCUCACUGAUGCGAGAGUGCUGCCAGUGGAUUUUGCCCGAGGCCAGUUAGCUGGGACUCCUCUUUGCAUGGAGCAGUACUACCGUCUCUUCACCUCCUACCGCUAUCCAAGGUUGAAGACAGACAUGUUAAAAGUGCACAUGGAUGCAGCCUCAUUGGAGCCAGAGCACAUCAUUGUAGUGUGCAAGAACCAGUUUUUCUCAUUGGAAGUGGUUGUGAACAACAAGCAGCUCAAUGAGGCUGAGAUCUUAUCCCAGCUGGAGAAGAUUGUAAAAAUGUCUGAAAAUGCUGAACAGAGACACCCUCCUUUUGGUCUCCUGACGUCAGACGGGAGGACAGAAUGGGCACAAGCAAGAGAGGUGGUAAUUAAAGAUAAAACCAACAAAGACUCCCUGGCCCUGAUUGAGAGCUGUGUAUGUGUGGUGUGCCUCGAUGAGCCCUGCGGGCUUCCACCCAGUGACACAAAUAGAGCUCUAAUGAUGCUGCAUGGUGGUGGUCAUGAGAAGAACGGUGCAAAUCGCUGGUAUGACAAGUCCAUGCAGUUUGUCAUAGGGAUGGAUGGUGUGUGUGGGGUGGUGUGUGAGCAUUCUCCUUUUGAGGGAAUAGUUAUGGUGCAGUGUUCUGAAUUCCUGAUGAAACACAUAAAAGGGAGUCCCUCCAAGAUGGUUAAGCCCUCCAGCUCUAGAGAGUUUCACCCUCCAAAAAGGCUGCUCUGGAAAUCCAACUCCCACAUUCAAGGCCUCUUAGCAGCAUCCGGAGACAGACUCCAGCGGCUGGUGAAUAAUCUCGACAUGGACGUUUUCGUAUUUGAGACCUAUGGGAAGGAGUUCAUCAAAGGGCAGAAGAUGAGUCCAGAUGCGUUUAUACAAGUUGUCUUACAGCUUGCAUUUUACAAGUGCAAGGGAAGGCUUGUGUCCACAUAUGAGAGUGCAUCACUCCGCCGUUUCCAAGAAGGUCGGGUAGAUAACAUUCGAUCAGCCACUCCAGAAGCUCUGGCCUUUGUGCAGACUAUGGCCGACGAGAGAGCUGCAUUCACUGAUUCAGAAAAAUUCAAAAGACUGAGGGAUGCCACCAAUGCCCAGACAGAUUAUACAAUAGCCGCUAUUACAGGAAUGGGAAUAGACAAUCAUCUCCUCGGACUUCUGAAGAUCUCAAAGGAGCUCAACAUGGAGAAGCCAGAGAUCUUCUGUGAUGAGACGUACCUGGCCAGUAACCAUUUCAUCCUCUCAACCAGUCAGGUUCCUACAACACUGGAAAUGUUUUGCUGCUAUGGUCCAGUGGUGUCCAACGGCUAUGGCGUCUGCUACAACCCACAGUCAGACUACAUCAUCUUCUGCGUGUCGAGUUUCUGGGAGAACACGGAGACGAGCUCUGCUGUUUUUGUUAAGGCCCUAAACGAAGGCCUAUUGGAAAUCAAGGAUCUGUGCAAUAGAAGUGGGGCUGCAGCUACCAAACCGGUUAACAGCAGCCAGCCAGCUGGCCGGCCCCAUAAAUCAGGAAAGUGAGCCAUAACAAGAGUGCACGCCUACUAACCCGCGUCACUCAACAGGCUUAGAUUUACACUCAGUAGCUUAUUUAGAUGCCUUUGUGUGUUUGUGCAGCAGUGUUCCUGACACAACAAAAUGAAACCCUUAAAGUGAAUGUGUAGAUAGAUAUACUUUGUAAAUGUUAUAAAAACAACAUUGGAUCUGUGAAGACGGCAGAUUGAUGUCAGGUCCAAAACGGACUCUGGUGGACUGAAGUUAACUGGUCUGCUGUUCUCAAGGAGCUCAAAGCCAUGUCCUUUUCAUAGCUCUGAUAUGAGGGUAAACUUCUCUGUCAGCGUAAUUGUAGUUUAAAGUGUAUUGUCACUCACUGUGCAGUAUUGUAACGCGACAGAAAAAUUUGGAUCCAAUAGCAAUUGUGACAACCUGUAAGUGUGAUCCAACUUCAGUCUGUGUACUAUGUUACCACUGUGAGGUCUGUUUAAAUGUGUAGUUAUACUUAUUUAUUUAAACAACAUUGCCAAAGAUGAUGUGCAUAAUUAUGUGACGUUUUUCUACGAAAGCACUUUAAAACAUUUGCUGUAUAUAAACAUAGACGAUAAUACUUGUGCACAAGAAUGACUUAUAAUGCAAGUAACAAGAAAAUAAUAGGUGGUAGGAUUCUGUUUCAGUGCAAUAUUUAAAUUCUUGUUAUCAGUUGUAGUCUGUAUUACAGCAAUAGUUAGAGAAAUGGGUGUUAGGUGUAGUAAACAGAGAUGUUUUAUCAUUUAGAUGCAGUCCAGAUCAAAGAUGUCUUGUAACAGUUGAUCAGUGCGGCAAAGAAAAAAUAUAUACUUCCAGGGUGUUUUAUGUGCAAUUUGCCAGAGCGAUUCAUUAGAUGCAUGGAUUGUAUGUGUUAUUUAAUUUACUAAAGAUGCUAUUUUUAUAGUCAGACAGAGAAAUGUAAUAAUGUAAUACACUAUAAUAAAUGAUAAGACGUGUCAGACCUAGUCACUCAGUGGGCGGCUCGAAAGACAUUAUAUGUUGAGUCUGUUGUGGUUUUUGUUGUGAUAGAUCAAAUAAAUCUGUUCUUAAAUGUGAAGUUUUUUGUUGCCUUGUGUCCAGAAGACACAUGUUGUGUGUAUCUCUCAGCCAAAGUUAAAAUCGUAUUUAAAAAUCUAAAUGAAAUAAAGUUGUUCCACAAAAUAUGUCUGUUUAUUCUUAAAAAGCUGCUUCAACGUGUUCAAAAUGCUUGAAAUCAGAUAUGAUCAGAGAUGAAUGUUUUGUUUUGUUUAAAAUGUGCUUUUCCUUUCACAUAGGCUGUGUUGUGCAUGCCAUACUGUAUGUAAAAGUUAAUCAGCAUUGUUGUUCAAAGAGUAUUUUGUUUGUGCAGAAUUGUUUUCUGACACCAUCACUAUGCUGUUAUGUGGUCUGGAUAAUUACUGUUAAGGUUUUUAAUGGCAAACUGUAACAACUGUGACACUUUAAUGAAAAAGAAAAAUGAUUGUCAAAGAAUUUAACAACGCAAAGUAAAACUUUGUCAUUUCUGCUUUUAAAUGUAUAUUAAAUUACCAAAAUAUUUAAUUUACCUGACAGUUGUACCUGACUUCACUUGUAUAUGUUCUUGAAAAUAGUUUGUGAAAAUGCUAAAUGUGGAAUGUGGGGUUUUCAUCAGCUGUAAGCCAUAAUCAUCACAAUCAUAACAAAUAAAGGCUUGAAAUAUC